AUUGUCCGACACGUAAUUGUCCGACUCCCGUUGUUGGAAGAAGAUUAACGAGAUAACUCAAUAGAAUAAAAAGCCUCGUUUCGAUUGUCCGACAGCCUAAUUUUAUUUUUCCCAAUUUUUCAACUCUAAUGGCUCUCAGGGUUACUGCAACAACAAGUUGUUGCAAUAACUUUUAGUUUCUGUAACUCCAGUAAGUUAUUACAAUAACUUCGAGUUAUUCAAAUAACUUUUCUUGCCGCGCUCGGCUCCGUUUCCGGCCGGCCGAGCCGAGGGGCGGAGCCGAGCUGUCGCUCGGGGUUCGGCGAGGCCGCCGAGCACCGAGCUCGUCUGUCGGGCGCGGUAUGAGAAAUUGCGCGGUCACUAGCGUCGGGCCCAGGUCUGCCCCGAGCCUCUGCAGUCGAGUCGCUAGCCGUAUGUGACGUUUGGCUUGGCAAGCCAUCAAGUCAAGGCGUCAAGAAGGAAGAAGAAGAAGUGGCAAGCUUAUUUAUCGUCGUGAUGAUCGUGAACUUCGUCUUGAUUCGCAAUCAAUCAGUGGAAGACUUGUGCGCAUCUAAAGGCUUGCAGAAUGAUCCGCAAGUGAGUACCGAUCCAGUGUUCUUCGUUUGGCUUUCGUUUUUGUCGGGUCUGAGCUAACGUGUGCUGUGUAGUUGACGCAGGCAACGUGGUUUUCGAACACGGAGCCAUGCUUUUUGAGAGAGGUUUAUUUGUUCCAAUCAAGGCCGUUCAAUCGCCCUACAUAAAACCCUUUCCUCGUGUAGAACGCUUUCGCAUUGCCCCCGGGUAAUUGUACGCACGGAUCGUAGGCCAGCGUAUGGGCAACCUGACCUUCGAGAGAAGCACUGCUAUGCGGCCUAACCUCUGCGGCUGCUGCUGCUUCUGUUAAGAGGAGGUGAAGGCCGCCUCUAUUUUCCUGUUACCUUUGCUAUCUAUCUGAUGAGACUGUUUUCCUGGCGUUGCAGACAUGUGUACUGUAAAUCUGGUGCCAGAGUUGAUGGAAAGCCUCUCCCCGAGGCUGUAUUGGGGAACUCGGGGAGGGACAGGCAUCCCUGGAGGGCCCUGUCGCAAGUAUCCCUCAUGAUUUUUAGGAUCGAGGUGUUAAAAUACCUGUGCAGUGCUCUGAACUGAUACAUUCUGUCUGACUUCAGGGCGUUUGGGGGCCCUCCUCUGGUUAGCAACAUCCAAUAGAGAAUGUCAUGAAGUCUUGGAUGGCCCAGCAGAGAGCCUCCUGGGCUGGUGGAGGCUCUCUAGGGCCCAAGGUAUAGAGUAGGACAAUUUGAUGAACAGAACGAGGAAGCGCUCAGGAAUCUUUCUGAAGAGGGACAAGGGCCAUCAGAGAGCCGCCCUGGUAGGAAUCCUUCCUCUGGCAUAUGAAUGGGUAUGUGUGGGAAUGUUUCCAGAUGUUACAUUUUGUUUUUUUUGUUUUAGGGCUCGUGGCUCGUGGCUCUCUGUAUGGCCCAAGCAUGAGGCUAUCAAGGACAACUUGAUAAACAGAAGGAUGAAGCGCUCAGGAAUAAUGCAUUGGAUGGUUCAACUUGAUAAACAGGAGGAAGAAGCACUCUGUAUGAAAAGGCUGUUCGGCUGGAGGGACUCUCUGGCCUUUUGGGGGCGCCCUGGGUGUUGCCCCUACCUGCAGAGUGUAGCAGCAAGAGCUUGGCAUUUAGUGGUUUGUCAUCUUUAAGCAUUUGGUGUGACGCCCUUGGCUCCGGUCUCUGGUUUCAAUGAGUGCAGGAAGUGUCAUGUACGUAUUGUUUCUUGUUGUAUCUUCUUCUGUUUCCCAAUUUAUCUGUUUAUGUUCGAGUGUCAUGUUCUGUGCCAUUGACCGUUCUGUAUCUUUGUCUGUUAGACUCCAGGGCAUGUUGAGCCGCAGGUUUCUUUUUGGGCUGCCCUGGGAAUUGCAACCAGGUACGAAUGUCUUCUUGGUUAAAUCAGGACUCUUACUGUGAUAUAUUUGCCGUAUUUCUCACUGGGUUUUGAAUUCAUUCCAGUACGCUUUGGCGUUGUGGGUGCUGCUUGCUGCACAACCUUGAUGUUGGAAGUGCCGAGUAAGAGUCACUCUGUCCCUGGGCUUUGGAUGUUUGGGCAACCACAGCUUCUCUUUCAGUUGCCUUCAGUACUGUUGCGGGAUAAGGAGGUGGCCAUCCAACUGCUUCCUCUCCUGGACUGCCUUCUGUGACUGACUGUGACCUGUAAGUAUUUCAUCACCGCAUAGUUCUUUUGAAGAUGUUGUGACGUGCAGAAGGAUCAUGGCUUCCUUUUGAUUUGCAGGUGACAACGAUAUGCCGCCCCAUCCUAGUUGACAUUGGAAGCUAUCUAUUUCUUUUUGAACAAGUGCCAAGUUUGUCCCCAUGUUGUGUUGGGAAUGAUGGUCAUGCUCUUGAUCUGGCUGUAGAUAAGGGCAAUCCUGAACAGAGGUGAGGCUUAAAAUUAGAACAAUCUGUCCUGUGAAAUUAAUGGAAUGCUAUUAGUGACUCGGAUGUAUGGCUUCAUAUCAGUAACUCAAGUUGGUUUCAUUUGCAGGCAAUGGCUCUUGGCAGUCCUUGAGAACGACCACAACUGUUUUGAAGACCCUCCCCUGAGUGAUACCAAGCAUGGAAUGUUGUCAAGUCUGUAGAUUGAAUCCAACAUCAGUUUUUUUUUUUUUUCUUUGUAAAUUGCCUAAAUGGUUCAUUCCUAUCACUGAGAGUAGGUUGUCUGGUUGAGGAUCAAGUCUAGUUCUGGUCUGAAGGUGGGUGUUUGUUUUCCCAUGACUAAGUAGUCUGUAAAACUCUGAUUUGCUCACAAUCCUAAUGCCAAGGUCAUUGCAGCCAGGUUACUUCAAAACAUUGCGGCAGUUCUCCAGUUGACCAUAGGCUCUUAUCGUAAACCCAAAUUCCACUGCGCUGACUGUCUCCAUUGAGAAUGUGAGAGAGAACCAUCUGAAACGGCUAUCAGGCAAGUUUUCAUGCAGAUGCUUCUUAAUUGUUAUACUGUGUUUUCCCUUACCCCCUCCUUUUCUUUUCUAAUAAAUUGGUCUAUUGCUUGUUUAGGUAUGGCUUGAAUAGAACGCCUCAUGUGAAAGGUUUAUCUCGACUGCCGUCACAAAUGAUGAGAACACUGUUUACUACCAAGAAUUUGUGGCAUGUCGACACGGGUCGGUUUUGACACAUUUACUACUGUGCUACUGGUGACCUUUUGAGGAUGGACUGAAUCAAUAGUAGAUGUCAUAGGUGUGUAGUUGUU